GUAAUUUAGCUGAUAAGCUAUAGUGGCAGGUUGAGUGUCAGGUACGUUUUGUUUUGACAUGACGUCAUGGCCCUUGUUGGGUGACGUCACAGAGCUCAGUUCCGGUCGGGACCUCCGCUGGCUCCACAAGGAAGGAGUUAUGAGCAGUCUUACUAAGAAGACACGGUUUAUUAACAAUCCUGGCAAUAAACUGUCUUUUGGCAUUAGAGACCGAAACGAUGCCUUCAUCAGCCUCUACGACGAGUCCAUCGGGAGAGGGAUGUACGCAGACACGGGCAGACACUCUUCGCCACGGGACAGAAUGACGCUGAGACUCGGGAACCGUGGCGAUCCUGCCUCAGACGUCCUUCCUAGGGGCCAUCUGGACCCACGCACAACUCCUGUCACCAGCUACCUCCAUACCAGCAAUACAGAAGACUGCACAAACCCUGCCUCAGACUACUACCACGGUAAGGAUCAUCUGUUCGGCAUUCGGAAAGCGGCCCGGUCCUGCGCUUCCAGACACCGAUUCGAGGUGAUCACAGAGCUGGGGCCCGAGGAAGUCAGGUGGUUUUACAAAGAGGACAAAAAGACAUGGAAGCCCUUCAUGGGACACGACUCUCUCAGGAUAGAAAUCAUGUAUCGCAGAUUCUGCGAGUUAAACCCGGAAAGGGCUUUGAGCCGUGGCGGAGAGGAGAUUCUUAAAGACGAUGGGCUUGAUGGAGGGGAACCGGCGCUGGAUACCAGCAGCAAGGAGAGCAUUGACAUCACUAUUGAGGCCGUGUGUGUCAGAGGAGGACUCUAUGAAGUGGAUGUGAGGAAUAAAGAGUGCUAUCCGGUGUACUGGAAUCAACAGGAUCGUAUCCCUGUCAUGAGAGGCCAGUGGUUCAUUGACGGCACAUGGAUGCCUGUAGAGGAGGAUGAGAGCGACCUCAUAGAGAAAGAGCACCUGGCGUGCUUCCGAGGACAACAGAUACAGGACGCUUUUGAGACUGACACGCUGGCCAAGACUGUGGACAGAAAAGAUGUUCUUUCCCAUUUACCCCCAUUCUACCUCCCCUUUCUAUUCAAAUGGAGCGGAUAUCAGACGAGUGCUAAAAGUCACAAGCGAAAGCGAUGUCAAGCCAUUCACAGUGUGCAGUUGAGCCGCAGUCAUGUGGACUGGUACAGUGUGGAUGAGGUGUAUCUGUAUAGUGACGCCACCACGUCUAAGAUCGCCCGCACUGUCACGCAGAAGCUGGGCUUCUCUAAAGCCUCCAGCAGUGGCACCAGACUGCACCGCGGCUUUGUGGAAGAGGCCUCGCUGGACGAUAAACCCCCUCAGACCACACACAUUGUGUUUGUGGUCCAUGGCAUUGGACAGAAGAUGGACAAGGAUCGUAUCAUCAAAAACACUGGCAUGCUGCGGGAAGCUGUGAGGAAGAUGGAGGAGAAGCACUUCGCUGAGCAAACAGAGGAACAUGUGGAGUUCCUGCCGGUCGAGUGGCGCUCUAAACUGGCUUUGGACGGCGACACAGUGGAGUCAAUCACACCAGAUAAAGUGAGAGGCCUGAGAGAUUUACUCAACAGCAGCGCCAUGGACAUCAUGUACUACACCAGCCCUCUCUACAGAGACGAGAUCACUAACGGUUUGACGCAGGAGCUCAACCGCCUCUAUUCUCUCUUCUGCUCACGAAACCCCGAGUUUGAGAGCAGAGGCGGCAAAGUGUCCAUCAUCUCCCACUCGCUGGGCUGCGUGAUCACCUUUGAUAUCAUGACAGGCUGGGAUCCUGUGCGCUUCUGUCUGCAAGAACAUCGGGAUCAGCUGGAGGGUGAAGAUUUGCACUGGACCACUCAUGAAGAGCGCCACCUGCUGGAGGAAGUGCAACUAACCAGACAGAGGUUACGAGAACUGCAAGAUCAACUUCAGGGCCUGAAGGCAGCAAAACCUACACCCUUUCCUACAUUAACAUUUAAGGUGGAGAACUUCUUCUGCAUGGGUUCUCCUCUGGCUGUGUUUCUGGCUUUGAGAGGCAUCCGGCCCGGAAACACCGGUGACCAGGACCACAUCAUGCCCAAAUCCAUCUGCCGGCGCCUCUUCAACAUCUUCCACCCAACAGAUCCUGUGGCCUAUCGACUGGAGCCUCUUGUUUUAAAGCACUAUAGCAAUAUUGCACCUGUCCAAAUACACUGGUGUAACACCAUCAGCCCCACCCCGUAUGAUGAGAUCAGACCCAGCCAUCUAAGUGUGAGCAAGAACGCAGCGAGCGACACGGAGAACGGCUCCAGUCCCAGCAGCUCACCUGUGCUGGUCACGAGACACUACGGAGAGUCCAUCACCAGCCUGGGCAAGGCCAGCAUACUGGGUGCUGCGAGCAUCAGCAAGGGCAUCGGUGGGAUUUUAUUCUCUCGAUUCUCUCGCUCACCCAGCCUGCCGUCGGCUGUGGAUUCUGGGAUUGGUGACAGUGAGGACAGCCAAAGCACUUUUGCAUUUUCAGCCAUAUCUCCAUCCUCUUUAUUCGAUGCAGCAGUUGAGAUGGAGCAUCGCAUUGACUAUGAGCUUCGGGAGGGUUUGGUGGAGAGCCGCUAUUGGUCAGCUGUGACCUCACACACGGCCUACUGGGCGUCCCAUGACGUCGCCCUGUUCCUCCUGACCUUCAUAUACAAGCAACAGAGCACAGACCAGACACAAAACACCAGUCCCAUGUAGCACAGACAGCACUUUCCACAAUAAAGACUGUUGUCAUCCUGUCCGCUCUGGGUCUCAAGGAGGCUUCAAAGAGCACUCGGUGCCUCUGAGUUUCCUAAGCCUUCUCAAACGCAUGCAAAACCUGCAGCUCCCAACCUCAUUAUUGAGAAUACCUAUUAUUUUUUAUAUAAUAAGUCCAAAGAGUGCACCUGAUCCAUAUGCAGCAGACAUGCACAGUUUUGGGCUAUGCAGGUCUUGGGGUCAAAUCGAGUUCUUUAUUUAGUCAGCAGCACAUAACUGUGGAAGCCCGUUUCCGCCAUGGAUUAAUAAAUAAGGGAAU